AUGUAUAAACAGUGUAUAUUUAUAUUAAUUGUUUGUAUAAUUGCAAGAAUUGGAGUGUAUGGACAAGGAGUUGGAAUUCUUACUCCUGAAGUACAUCCAGCCAUGACUUGGCAGACUUGUAAUGAAGGUGGAAAGUGUACUACAAACAAUGGUGAGGUUGUUAUCGAUGCAAAUUGGCGUUGGAUCCAUACCUCCACCGGACAAAACUGCUAUACCGGAAAUACAUGGGACUCCACUGCUUGUCCAGACGACAAGACCUGUGCUAGCAACUGCUACUUGGACGGUGCCCAAUAUGAGAGUACCUACGGUGUCUCAACUGACGGCAGCUCGUUGAAACUCAACUUUAUCACUCAGAGCUACGGAAAGAACAUUGGAUCGCGUCUCUUCCUCAUGGCCAACGACUCUGCCUACCAGAUGUUCCAGUUGUUGGGUCAGGAAUUCACUUUCGACGUCGAUGUCUCCAAUCUGCCAUGUGGAUUGAACGGUGCUUUGUAUCUCGUUUCGAUGGAUGGAGACGGAGGUCAAUCCAAGUAUCCAACCAACAAAGCCGGAGCCAAGUACGGAACUGGAUAUUGCGAUUCUCAGUGUCCAAGAGAUUUGAAAUUCAUCCAAGGUCAAGGAAAUGUCGAUGGCUGGGUUCCAGCUGCUAACAAUCCAAACACUGGAAUCGGUGGUCACGGAUCUUGCUGCGCCGAGAUGGAUCUCUGGGAGGCCAACAGUAUGUCGAACGCUCUCACUCCACAUCCAUGUGACACCUCCUCCGAGACAAUGUGCGAAGGUGACGCCUGCGGUGGAACCUACUCGAAGAACCGUUACGCCGGAACCUGUGACCCCGAUGGUUGUGACUUCAAUCCAUAUCGUAUGGGUAGCGAAUCGUUCUUUGGUGUCGGAAAAACCGUUGAUACCAGUUCCGUCUUCACCGUGGUAACUCAAUUCCUCACGGACGACGGUACCCCCUCAGGAAAACUCACUGCCAUCAAGAGAUUCUACGUGCAGAAGGAAAUAUAA